CAGCAGCAGGCUCGGCACCCGUAGGUCACGUGGGGUCACGCGUCGACCUUGCGUGAGGCCUGUCAGAUACAGCUUUUUUUGUUGUUAAGGGAAAAGAAACAGCGGCAGUAAUCAUACGAAUUGUCACGAACGCGGUUGUUACAAUAACAGCGUCGACGAUGUGGAAAUCCGUGGUGUCGCUGGGACGCGGUCUCCUGCUGCAGUCGCUGAAAGCGCCGGCGGUCAAUGAGACGGUGCUGUCGAAGCCAGGAGUGAUGUUGGAACAGAGGAGAAGUCACUAUGUGGACUGGAGGAUGCUGAGGGACGUCAAGAGGAGGAUGAUGGCAGCAGAGUACACAGACGAGAGGCUACGCAUCAAUGCCCUCCGCAAGAAUACCAUCUUGCCCAAAGAGUUGCAGGAAGAAGCCGACAAAGAAAUAGCAGCGUUGCCACGUGACAGCUGCCCUGUGCGCAUCCAUAACCGCUGUGUGAUGACAUCGCGGCCACGGGGAGUGAAGCGAAGGUGGCGUUUGAGCCGCAUCGUAUUCCGAGACCUCGCGGAUCAUGGCCAAAUGUCAGGCAUCCAGCGAGCCAUUUGGUGACCAGCAGAGGAUAUAACGGAUGUAAUCAUUACUAUGGCCUUUUGCAGUCUUGCAAUUUGAGGUUUGUCAAACUUUUGUUUGUACAUUGCACCUUUUCAAUAAGGCAUCACCCAAUCUCUAGGGAAUGUUAACUUGACUUAAGAUGCUCGUUAUAGAAGGACGUUUAAAUGUUAAACAAUCUCACAUGCAAUUGUCUGCAUUGUUACAUUUUAAUGUUUAAGUGUCAGAAUAUCUUCAUGUAAAAUUAUGUAAUAGAAGACUGGAGAUCAUCCUUAGUUGACUGUGAUAAAAAAAAAUCUUUCAUUUGGAAUGUAAUGCCAUUGUGAAAAAAUGAGUGUGACGGUACAAAUAAAAAUGUAUGAUACUUGUACAAGAA